AUCACAUGCAGUAUCGAAUAUCUAAUGCGACGUCAGUGGACCCUGAAAAUCGUGGAUUGAUAAGAGCAUACCCUUGUCUAAAGUGGAUUCUUCGUACAUGUUACAUUCGGCUAUCGGAUCUCGGGGGUUGCAGUUAUUGAAUUGAGGGGUGUACACUUAAUAAAUGGCGGGAGUGUCCCGUCCGUGCUUUGCUCUGUGUAACUUCUAGAACCUGCAGUCACGGUGGCAGGGUGGAAGGCUCCGCGUAUAAAGUGUGCAUACUAAAAACAGCACUGUAUUGCACUGUACAAAUGCGAUUAUCAUUUGUCAUUUGUCAAUUGGAGAAGCUGUGGUUUAAUAAGUCGAUCUUCAACAUCGCGUCGCAUUUGGGAGAAUUCAUCCAAACCCAAGCUGCCUAACGCCACAUUCUUUAAAUCGUAUAUGCAUUGCACUAUACUGCAUAAUAUACAUCCCAAAGGUCAUAUCACUGCUUAUCACGUUCGGCCUGUCGUUGAUAGACCAUGGCGUCGCUUAACCUUACCCAAGAUGAGUUCAGAGCUAUCGAGCAGACGCGGCAGCGGCUCUCGCAGAUAUCCAGUAGCAUCGCGAGCCUUAAGUCCGACGUCUUUAUCAACAACCCGCUGCCUAGCCUAGAAUCGCUCCAGACCCAUACGGAGGUUCUUCAAAGCAUGAUACAGAGCCUCCUCAGUGUCACGUCGCCUGCCGCCGAGAUUUUCAGCCGCAUUGCCGUGCAUCCCUCAACUAACUUCCCAGGGCGUACCCAGGAGAUGAUACUCCAAAGACUGCUACGCAAAAAGCCAGAGCCGGACAUCGCGACGUCUAUGGAUGAGGGAAGAAAUAUGGUGGCGGCCUUCGUUUCGCCACCAGCUUCUCAGGGUCUUAUAGGCGCGGGUACAGGCGUUGAAAGAGGUCCAGAAGAGGAGUUGGAAAAUAUAUGGAACUCUGUGCGCGACUUCUGCGAGGAGCGCAUGAGAGAUUACGUGAUAAACGAAGGCGACGACAUGUUUACUGAAGAGGAGCGCGAGCGGGGUGUCGAGAAUGUGCGGACGGGACUUAAAAGAUCGCUCGAGGAUGAAGAGGAGGAUGAGGAUGACGAGGAAGGAGGGGGGAAGAAUGAGGGCCAGGACGACGACGUUAUGAUCAUCGAUCGUCCGCCUCCACCUCCAGCACCCGCAGUCGUGACCCAGGAAAUCGAGGGUGCAGCGCUGGAGAAUAUUAUGCGUUUCGCAACGAGAGGAGAGUUUGUUACCCGCUAGGGCCGUA